CUGGCAUUAUAGUUUCGAGUGAAUCUAGUGCUCAGAAAAUUACUUCCUGCAAACAUGAAAGCUAUUCUGUUUCUCGCCGUCUGUUUGGCUGCCGUCGCUUCCAUCAAAGCCAGCGAAGCUGACAACGAGAUCUCCACCUAUGCCCCUUGCAACAAUAACCAAUUGAACGUCUGCUCGAUCCUGUGCGGAAGAAUAGGACAUCGGUACUUCACCUGCGAGGAUCUUGGCGGUCGCUAUCAGUGCCACUGCUUCUCGCGUUCCGCCCAACCGCAAUCGGACUCGCUGAAACUCUCGGUCGAAGGUGACGUUACUCCUUCCGAUAACGAGACGCCGAGGAGAGCUUUCCAGAUGAAAGUAUUGUAAGGGAUGUGAAUUCAGAUAAAUUAUGCAACGGAAAAUAUUUGUAAAAUUUGAAUGUUAAAAUUUUUAAUCGAUAUAUCGAUUUUAAGAUAUAAUUAUGGAAUAAAUUGGGUUUUUAAGUACAAAAAAA